CACCUUUUCAACCCUCUGAUUCGGAAUCAUUUCCGCACUCCCCGCUUCGUCGUGCUCGCCGCGACCGCACGACCGCCUUCUUCUCGCCUCAGUUCUCCAGCAUGGGCGCCGAGUUGAGCCGCCCCCUUGCGGGAUCGGACAUCACCAACCUCAAGGAGGACUCACGUCGACGCGUGGGCAGCAGCAGCGCCUUGGACUCGCGGCGUCAGGCGGUCAAGCAGAGCGGCUUCCCCACGUCCGCUAGUUCCACGUCGCUCUCGUCUUUGGGACAGCCCAGCACCCGCAGCAGCAGCGUCAACUCCAAAUCGCUCUUCUCCAGUAUGAGACGGUCGCGUAACAACAGCAAGAGCGCCAACACCCCGCCAGACUCGAUGAGCUCUGGUGACAACGCGGUCGAGAGUCUCGAUCUCCCUAUGGUGGAGUGGGAGGGAUACGUCACCAAGAGAGGACACUUGGUUAGGAACUGGAAGAUGCGCUUCUUCACACUUGAAGGAAACCUCGUGUCGUGUACGUAGGCAGGGGAGGAAGAGAGAGAGAGAGAGAGAGAGAGAGAGAGAGGGUUAAGCCACUGACGGUGUAUUUAUCUGCUGUCAGACUACGAGAACAAGGUGGACGCUCGCAAUCGCAGCCAUUUGAAGGGCCGCGUGAACGUGGCGUCAGUCAAGAUGGACAAAGUGGCCAAGAACGGCCACGGAUUCGACUUUUCCUUCGAGACAACCGAGGGAAAAGUCUUUUACUGCAGUGUACCCACUCAUUUCGACCAAAUCGCUUGGGUUUACUUCCUAGAGGCUGGAGUGGACACGGUGAGCAUGCGGCAGAAUAACAGACCAGUGUACGGCACAUACCGCCAUGGAGCGCUGCCGGACAUGCACACAGACAAGGCUUAUGAGGCCUAUCGUCGUAUGCUUGGGGGAGAUGCCGCUGUGGUGACUGAGUUACUGUCGUACUUUAACAAGGACCUGGUCUUUUCGUCCUCGUACCCAAAGAGUACCCCCUUCAGUGGCGACUAUUUCGGCCGUGAAGGAUUGCUGCACUUCCUAGGUGCAUUCCAGAGCAACGUGGAUCUGAUCGAGAUUAAAGUACAGGAAUGCGAGCUGGAUCCCAAUGGCAAGAGUUUGACGGUAAAGGGUACGGAGACGCUCAAGAGCAAACACUCUGGUGCUGUCAUCACGCAGUCGUGGUCGCACCGCGUGCGUUUCGGUCCGUAUGGCCGGAUCUUACGCUUCCGUGCGGACGUGGAUCUCAAGAGCGCUACAGGGAGCUGGAAGUCUUUUGGCGUCAAGAAUCCGUACUCGGAGAUGUCGGACGCGUCCAUCCGAUCCAACCGAUCGCUCAGUAUUUCCAUGAAGGACUUCACAGUGUACAAUGUGAUCGGUAAGGGUGGAUUCGGUACUGUUGUGAACGCUGUCAAGAAGAGUGACGGUCAGAUCUACGCAUUGAAGAUUUUAGAGAAGGGCAAGAUGACUAAGUACGACGUCGAGAGCUCGUUCACAGAGAUGCGCGUGGCUCAGAACAUUCACCACCCGUUCAUUGCAGGGCUGCGUAUCGCUUUUCAAAGCCGAACGAAGCUGUUCCUAGGUAUGAAUUACUACGGUGGAGGUGACCUCUUCCACCACAUGAGUAAAGGAUCGAGCUGUCGGAUACCGUCGGACCGUGCGCACUUUUACACAGCUGAACUGGUGCUGGGUAUCCAUCACCUGCACCAACACGACAUUCUCUACCGCGAUAUUAAGCCUGAAAACGUCAUGAUCGAUGCCGAGGGUCACGUUGCGCUAGUGGACUUUGGUCUGGCCAAGCUGCACGUGUCGGAGUACAAGGGAGCCAAGACGAUGGCAGGGUCGCCGCAGUACACAGCACCGGAGCUUCUUCUCCCCAAAGCCAAGCGAUCGUACGGCAAAGCCGCCGAUUGGUGGAGUCUGGGCAUUCUGCUGUACGAGAUGAGCGUGGGCAAGUCUCCAUUUUACGACAACAACAUUGAAAAGAUGUACCAAAAGAUCCAGAACGACCCGCUGGUCUUCCCAUCCAAGCCGGCGCUUACAGACGAACUCAAGUCGAUUCUCCGAGGCUUCCUGCAGAAGGACCCCACCAAACGUCUUGGCACCAACAUCAGCGACAUUCUCGAGCACCCGUACUUCCGCGGUAUCGACUGGGACUUACUGCUUAAAAAGCAAAUUACUCCCCCGUGGAAGCCCAAGCUUUCGUCCCCUCUUGACGUGGAAUACGUGGACACGGAGUUUACAGAUCUGGACGUGCAUAACGAGGUGCAGUCGCCCACGGACAAGUCUGCAGCCAAGUCAAAGGGUUUCUUGUCGCUCGUAUCGAGCCGAAGUAGUCGUGAAAAGGCAGCACCUCCAGUGCAGGACCCCACAUUCAAGGACUUCACCUACUUCUGUGAAGACCCCGACUCUCUCGUCGAGGUGACGAAUCUGGUGUCCGAACUACGGCCUCCUCCGCCACCUCCCAGCCCGACGCCCAGUCCUCUGCUCAAUGAAGAAGACUCAGACGAGUCGGAUCGACCUCCGGAGCACGAGAACUCGAUGCCGUCAGAGUGCGAAGGUACUCCGUUGUCAUCAUUCGUCGAGAACGGUCACUUAAACCCAAUGCCCAUGUCACCGAACAAGUUUCACGAAGGUUUGAAGAAGCUGGAAGCAUCGAUGACUGAACAAUUUGAACGCGUGGAGGUAACUAUCUCUCGUGAGCGGCCACCAAUCAAAAAGACGAACGGGACAUCGAGCUCUAGUAGCGAGGAACAGGAACAGGAUCGCGUCCAUGUGGAAAAGCUGGUGAUCUCGCACGGACCGUCGAUCCCCACUGAUACCAUUGCAACGACGUCAACGACCAGCCCCAGUGCCAACUCGCAGGGCCUAUCUGGAACCAGUGAAGUUGCACCAAACUCGCCCGCAAGCCGGGGUCCGUCUGCUGCGAGCUCCACAGCAGUUGACAGCCAGCCUAUAAUGGAGGCGGAAUUUUAGCAAACAAGUGGCCAUAUAUCCAGGGAUGGCGUUCACCAGAGGGAAGACUUACGGUGAGGUGCGUUGCUACCGAUAUGGGCGUCUCGAUGUUUUCCUCUCACGAUGCUGUGCAUGUUAGACUGACAAAAAAGAAGAGAAUAAUCAAAAUGCACCAAGAUUUUCGUGUUGUCUUUGUAGGAACUACUAGUGCUGCCUUAGUCGUCGUCGAAGAUGUCCGUGACUUUAGUUGUUUGGACCACGCUGCUCUGAUCAUUGCCGGUGAUGGCGUUCAUGGCGACUCGACCUAGAACAGAGAGACCCCCUGAUGUGUACAGACGCAGCAGAGUCCACGCUACAGCGAGCAGCACAAUUGUACGUGCAUACGAAGGCUUGGUAGGCUUCGUAUUGUCGAGUUUGGACAGUAGAACUUGUCUCGCUGUCUCGAGAAACUGCUCGCGAUCCGAAAUUUUGUGAUAAUCGAUUCCUUCUCGACUAAGAAGUUGAGCGAUCUCAGUGUUGGACAUGGACUUGAGAAGCGAAUCCACGGACUCAACUGCACUGGAAGGAGAUAGAUUGGAUUCGCUUUGCUUCCCUGAAGUUUUACUUCGCUCUUCUUCUUGAAGGUCAUGCAGCAUUUGCUGGACAUUCCGGUCCGUCAGAUCAAUUCUAAAACACACACACAAAAAACAGCA